CCCUGGGGGUAAAGGGCAGGCAGUUUGGGUCUGGACAUCGACGCUUGCGGACUCCAACCAACCAUGGCCGGGCCUGAAUGGGAGUCGCUGGAGCAAUGCUUGGAGAAUAACCUGCAGCCCGCAGACUUGCGGGAGGUGAAACGCAUUCUCUAUGGCAAGGAGACCAGGAAGCUCGACCUGCCCAGCAGAGCUUUUGAAUUGGCCUCUGAAGGGGACUUUGAGCUGCAGGGUCACGCCUUCGAGGCAGCAGAGGAGCAGCUGAGGCGACCUCGGACCGUGCGUGUCGGGCUUGUUCAGAACAGAACGCCCCUGCCUGUGGAUGCCCCUGUGGCGAAACAGGUCUCUGCCCUUCACAGACGCAUAGAGGCCAUUGUAGAGGUGGCGGCAAUGUGUGGAGUCAACAUCAUCUGUUUCCAGGAAGCGUGGACUAUGCCCUUUGCUUUCUGUACAAGAGAGAAGCUUCCUUGGACGGAAUUUGCCGAGUCAGCAGAAGACGGCCCUACCACCAGAUUCUGUCAGAAGUUGGCGAAGAAGCAUGACCUGGUGGUGGUAUCCCCUAUCCUGGAACGAGACGGAGAGCACGGGGACGUUUUGUGGAACACAGCUGUGGUGAUCUCCAAUUCUGGAGCAGUCCUUGGAAAGACCAGGAAAAACCACAUCCCCAGAGUGGGUGAUUUCAACGAGUCCACUUACUACAUGGAGGGAAACCUGGGCCAUCCUGUGUUCCAGACGCAGUUUGGGAGGAUCGCAGUGAACAUUUGCUACGGGCGGCACCACCCCCUCAACUGGCUCAUGUACAGCAUCAACGGGGCCGAGAUCAUCUUCAACCCCUCAGCCACCAUCGGAGUGCUCAGCGAGUCCAUGUGGCCAAUCGAGGCCAGGAACGCAGCCAUUGCCAAUCACUGCUUCACCUGUGCCAUCAAUCGUGUGGGCGAGGAAUACUUCCCGAAUGAGUUUACCUCUGGAGAUGGGAAGAAAGCUCACCAGAACUUCGGCUACUUUUAUGGCUCGAGCUACGUGGCAGCCCCUGAUGGUAGCCGCACUCCGGGGCUCUCCCGAAACCGGGACGGGCUGCUGGUUGCCGAGCUCAACCUCAACCUCUGCCGGCAGAUGAAUGACAUGUGGAACUUCAAGAUGACAGGCAGAUAUGAGAUGUAUGCACGGGAGCUUGCCGAAGCUGUCAAGCGCAACUAUAGCCCCGAUAUUGUGAAGGAGUAGCUGGCUGUUAGCUCCUGCCCACCACGGAAGGCACCUUUGCCCCCAGCCGAUCAGCAGAUGGGACAGGCUUUACAUGUCCAAGUUCUCCUUAAUGAUUCCCUGAUAACGUUGCUGCCCAGAUUGGUUUUUAAAUAUCCAGACGGUGAGGGUGGAGUGAGGAGUGACUGCUUAAUAGGUAGGAGGUUUUCUUCUGAGGUGAUGAAAAUGUUUUGGGACUCGACAGAGGUGAUG